CGCCUUCUGCUUCAGCUUCUGCAGCUCCCUAGGGGUCCCACAGCUGCGCUGACUGCCUUCUUCUCCCAUGAUGGAGAGUGUUGGUGUGUACGGAUUCUGUGGGUGCACAGCCAAGAGCAAAAUGAAGUGUGACUCAAGGUGGGAAAUAGCCGCUACAGAAACGGCCCCCACAUCUGCAUAUUCAUCUCCAGCCCGGAGUCUGGGGGACACAGGAAUAACACCUCUCUCCCCUUCCCAUAUUGCGAACGAUGCCGACCCCAGCGUCUCAGAACAGCAGGUGUUUCUGGUGGUGGUGGCCAUCGACUUCGGGACCACGUCCAGUGGCUACGCGUACAGCUUCACCAAGGAGCCAGAGUGCAUCCACGUGAUGAGGCGAUGGGAAGGGGGCGACCCCGGGGUGUCCAACCAGAAGACCCCCACCACCAUCUUGCUGACUCCCGAGAGGAAGUUCCACAGCUUCGGGUAUGCCGCCAGGGACUUCUACCACGACCUGGACCCCACCGAGGCCAAGCAGUGGCUGUACCUGGAGAAGUUCAAGAUGAAGCUGCACACUACUGGGGACCUGACCAUGGACACAGACUUAACAGCGGCAAAUGGCAAGAAGGUCAAGGCCUUGGAAAUCUUUGCUUACGCCCUGCAGUACUUCAAGGAGCAGGCGCUGAAGGAGCUGAGCGACCAGGCGGGUUCGGAGUUCGAGAACGCUGACGUCAGAUGGGUGAUCACGGUGCCCGCCAUCUGGAAACAGCCGGCCAAGCAGUUCAUGAGGCAGGCCGCCUACCAGGCAGGCCUGGCCUCCCCCGAGAACUCGGAGCAGCUCAUCAUUGCCCUGGAGCCCGAGGCCGCCUCCAUCUACUGCCGGAAGCUGCGCCUGCACCAGAUGAUCGAGCUGAGCAGCAAGGCGGCGGUCAAUGGGUACAGCUCCAGUGACACAGUAGGAGCCGGGUUUGCACAGGCUAAGGAACACAUACGGCGUAAUCGGCAGAGUCGGACCUUUUUGGUGGAGAAUGUCAUAGGAGAAAUCUGGUCCGAGCUGGAGGAAGGUGACAAGUAUGUGGUGGUGGACAGUGGCGGUGGCACCGUAGACCUGACAGUGCAUCAGAUACGGCUACCUGAGGGACACCUUAAAGAACUGUAUAAAGCAACAGGUGGCCCCUACGGAUCCCUAGGAGUGGACUAUGAAUUUGAAAAGCUUCUGUGUAAAAUAUUUGGAGAGGAUUUUAUCGAACAAUUCAAAAUCAAGCGUCCGGCAGCCUGGGUCGACUUAAUGAUUGCCUUUGAGUCGCGUAAAAGGGCCGCUGCCCCCGACCGCACCAACCCUCUGAACAUCACCCUCCCUUUCUCCUUCAUCGACUACUACAAGAAGUUCCGCGGGCACAGCGUGGAGCAUGCCUUGAGGAAAAGCAAUGUGGACUUCGUCAAGUGGUCCUCGCAGGGAAUGCUGCGGAUGAGCCCGGACGCCAUGAACGCGCUUUUCAAGCCGACCAUCGACAGCAUCAUUGAGCAUCUCCGCGACCUGUUCCAGAAGCCCGAGGUGUCUGCCGUCAAGUUCCUCUUCCUGGUGGGCGGCUUCGCCGAGGCGCCGCUGCUGCAGCAAGCCGUGCAGACGGCCUUCGGGGACAAGUGCCGCAUCAUCAUCCCCCAGGACGUGGGCCUCACCAUCCUCAAGGGGGCCGUCCUGUUCGGCCUGGACCCCGCCGUCAUCAAGGUGCGCCGGUCCCCGCUGACCUACGGGGUAGGCGUGCUCAACCGCUACGUGGAGGGCAAGCACCCGCCCGAGAAGCUGCUGGUGAAGGACGGCACGCGCUGGUGCACCGACGUGUUCGACAAGUUCAUCUCUGCCGACCAGUCCGUGGCCCUGGGCGAGCUGGUCAAGCGCAGCUACACCCCAGCCAAGCCCUCGCAGCUGGUCAUUGUCAUCAACAUCUACAGCUCCGAGCACGACAACGUGAGCUUCAUCACCGACCCCGGCGUCAAGAAGUGCGGCACGCUCCGCCUGGAUCUCACGGGCACCGGGGGCCCCGCCGUGCCCGCCCGCAGAGAGAUCCAGACCCUCAUGCAGUUCGGGGACACCGAGAUCAAGGCCACGGCCGUGGAUAUAGCCACUUCGAAGAGUGUCAAGGUUGGGAUUGACUUCUUAAAUUACUAACUGAUCCUCCCCACCACGGCCCUUGGUCUCAGCUCACCUGCAUCUGCUGACCUGACUGUUCUUCCCUGCCCUUGACCCCUGCCACCGCCCACCUGAAUUUCAGCAGGGAGGAUGAGAACCACCAGGGACAGAAAUAACUCGGGAUUUUUGAGGGCACGCUGGAGUCAGAAAAGCUGGGGGCAAUUGAGGUUGAGGUCUGGGAAUACGAAAGCCAGAGUUCUAGAAGAGCAGCUCAUUUCAUAGGUACCGAGUGGUGGAACCCAGGAGGGCGUCGCCUGGUGCACGCCAGCCGUGGAGAUGGCUUUCAACAGAUCUGAUUGGAGAGGGCCCUAGAGCUAUCGUUCUAAACUGGAAGUGAGAGUGUGGAGCCAGGAGAUGCUUCAUGGCUUUUUCGUUUUUUGAAUGGCAGUCAGUCUGAAAGGCCAUCCAUCUGCAGUCAUUUCUCUUUCUAUGCCAAGCUCUAAUUCUCAGAAUGGCAAGUUCUGAUGUCUGAAUCCUUAAGUAAUUCUGGUUCAUAUCAGUAAGCGUCUGUGAGAAAAUGAGGUUGCCGUUUGCCUUGCUCACAUCGCCCCGCUCAGGAGUGGCACAGCCCUGACCUUGAAAGUCGUGCCUGUUUUAAGUGAACUCCCCUCUCACUCCUCCCCUCUCACUCGCAUCUCGCUAAGCGUUUUCGCUAUUUAUUCCCACACUUGGAGAAGACUACAUGGGUGAGACAUGGGCAGGGAAUCUGCAUUUUUAAAAGCCUGCCCGAAAGGAGUUGGUAGAUGUCGAUGCAUUAAACCAAGGCAUUUGAAAGUAGAUGUCCUUGGGCCCACUUGCCUGGGAACUCGCUCGCUCUGGUUGAAACUGGUUCCUGGCACUUUUCCCUUUUACAAAUGGAAGCCAAGUUUUGGAGAGCAGAACCAGAAUCAUGGGGAACACCCUUCCACUGGGUUUUGUGGUGUGUGAGCAUAUAGCUAGCUAGCAUCUGCACCCCGCGGGCCUCUCUUGGGUCAACGGUUUGCCAGUGCAGGGUGGCGCUGAUGCACUCUUGUUGGCUUGUGGGUCCAGUCAGGCCUCCAUCUGGCUUGAGAAUGGUGGCUUUCGCCUCAUGGGAAGGGUUUGGGGAGGAAAAACAAGGGGAAAAAAGGCACCCCAAGAACAGGGCUGCCUGAGGAACCAUCUGGUAGGUCUGCGAUAGUCCUUUCUUCUGCACUGUGCAUUCAGGAACCAAAUGAGGAAAGAUCAAGAAUCUCAGUCAGGCAGUCUCAUCUGUUCAAAGCUGUUUCCCACCUGCUGGGAUACCUUGCAGUGGAAAUCACUAGAGGUAUGCGAAUGAAUGGGAGAUAAGUGAGACUUCAGCAGCAAGUUGGAAACACCAACUCAGCCUCAUAGCCAGUAUGCAGAUUUUAAACUAACAUUUCCAAUUUCAUUUUAACAUGUCUUCUUUCCACAUCACCUGCUGCAGAACUCCCUUCUAGAAUAUAAUAUGAAGCUCCAGCCAGCCGCAGAACCAGAGAAAGCUAACUGAACAGCAGGGCUUUGUAUGCAGGCCUGAGGUGGGUUUGCAAGGGUUCGCUCGCUGCCCGCUCUGCUUCCAGCUAAAUGUGAUGGUUCUUUCUUUGGUGUUUCCAGCCAUGCUCCACAAAAUAAGACUUUUCAAUUCGUUAUAAGUAAUAUAAUUUUAUGUACAUACGCUAGACGAUUGUACAGAUUAUUUCUACAACGUGCUUUUCUUGUUAAAAAAAGAAAAAUGCUCUUCGAAUUUUGUUGGUGAUAUUGCUGCCUUUAAUUUUCCAUGGUUUCAUGUAAUUGUGCUUACAAGCCAUUGACUUUUACUGAUACUAAGUUAUGGGUUAGUUCGCAAGGCCAAGCAAGAGAUGAGGUCAGAUACGCUGUGUGGAUGGAUCACUUGGGACAUCAGCUUCAUCAGAACUUUCUCCACCAUACCCUUCCCAAAAUCUCACAGUUUAUAUUUAAAGGAGCAUAAUAGAUGGAUUCUCCUGUCCAGUCUUAGGUGGCUGAACAUUCUGAUUCUAGAAGCAGUGUGACAGAGAAAACUACACAAUCUUUUGCAUCUCUGCCCUCCCCCUGUGGGGCCAAGUGGGCUCUGAGGGCAAGGGUGGUCCACCAUGUGAUUUUUUUCAGGGUACCAAGGUCAAAGGAAGGACUCAGGGUGCACAUUCCAGCCGUUGCACCAGUUUGAGUGUGUAACGUAGCCAAGUCCCUGUGUCAGGCUAACGUAAGGCCGUUCCCAGUGUGCAUUCGGAUGUCUCCUUGUCUGUUUCUCUCGAAUGAGUUGAUUGACGCCACAGUAUUGGCAAAGAGGGGGGAGGUGAUAAUGUAGCUGGACUUUCUUCUGGCCGUAGAGAUGCAGCCCCAAUAAUCAAACUCCUUAAAAGGGAGCCCUAAAUCCAUCCCUCCUCCCUCCUGUCCCCACUGAAAUAUUCUAGAGUAAAAGCCCCGGAUAAGUACACUUGGACACACUUUGUAAUCUUAGCAAGUUUCUCAAAGGCCUGUUAUCUUGAUCCAUUACCCUGGCAUGUAUCUGAUGUCCAUGUUUCCUGGAAGCAGAUCUGUCAAAGAAUUUCCUUUGUGACUGCUCUUCUGUACACAGCAGGCAUUAAUAAAUGCUGGAUGACAGACAUGUUAUAGACGGAUGAGAUGAGAAAGAGCAGCAGCAAAAUAGGUGCUUUUCUCCAGUGAUGGCUAAGAUGAGUCCAGAUGACAAAGCCUGCCUUAUCCUUAGAAUGUUACUUAGAUCAAGUUUAGCUUUUAGAGCCCAGGUCUGGUUAAUUGCCAGGUAGCAAAGAAUCGCAUGCACCAAUAUCAACAGGAGUUAAAAAUGCAUUAUUAGUUGAAGAUCGAAUUUCACAUGGUAGAGAUGAAGUUGCUGUGAUUAAGCUGCAUAUUCAUGCUGGGAAAUGACUCACGUGAAUGACUGGUACCAUUGUCGGCCAUAAAGUCCCAUCUCUCAUCUGCUUGGAAUAUGUAAUAUAUUCUAAACAAUCCGCCAUUGGGGUGUUGUUCACUACAAGAUAAAUUCAAACUUUACUGAACUUUGCAGCAGUUCACAACUUGACAAGAUCAAGUAUUUGCAAACUCUGUCUUCAAAAAUGUCUAAUAAAACAAAACUUUGGAUCUCA